AUGAUAAAGAAUAUUGUCGUUUUCUUUCUUUUCACGGUGGCUUUAGUGGGGGCUGAGGUUCCAAGGGUCGCGUUACCACCACCAGGACCUUCUAGAUAUUACAUUCAUGUGGUUAACGGGCUAAGCAAACUUGGGUUGCUUGUGCAUUGUCAGUCUAAAGACGAUGACUUGGGGUAUCAUCGUUUGCUUAAUCAUGGAGAUGAUUACCAAUGGAACUUCAAGGUUAACUUUUGGGGAACAACCCUCUAUUGGUGCAAAUUGGAGACGCCACAUGCAUAUGUCUCUUUUGAAAGCUUUUGGCCUGAAACGCAGCACUUAUGGCUCCGUGAUAGGUGCAAACAUGGAACU